AUGGCGCCUCUUGACGUGGAAACCCGUGAGGAGUUUGACUCUAUCCUUGCUGAAAACAAAUACGUGUUUGUUUACUGCUAUUCCAAUGAUUAUACAGAACUCAAGCGGAUCACUCCCAAAGUCGAAGAGCUCGCCAACCUGGGAGACUACCCCGAUGUGAAGAUUAUCCGGGUCAAUCUUGAAACCGCCACUGAACUCAAGCAAUUGGCCCAAGCGGGGAAUGCCGAGGGGGAACUCAAUGUCCCUACUUAUUUGUUCUACGAACUUGGCAAACAAGGGACGAAACUUACCGGUGCCGACAAUUACCAUGAAGUCUUCGAUAUGAUCGACCAGCUCCAAACCGAUAUCGACCAGCUGGGGGAGGCGCUUGAACGUCGUCCUAAUGCCCUUGAACAAGGGUUUAAAGUGCUCAAUCAUUCCAUUGACUUCCAAAAGUUUGAACAGUUCAAUGUCCAGGGAGACGGGUCGCAAGUAUUCAAGAUUGACGUUGGAGGUGAAGGCGUGUGGCUGGAUGCGGACUCUCAGCUCAUGUUCUUUUUCCCCCUCAAGAAUAUGGUCAAGGUGCACUCGGUAUUCAUCAAGGCUCGUUCAGGGGUGGUUAUCGAUGAGGAUGAUGGCGAAACCGCCCAGCAACCGUCUACUAUCAAAUUGUGGCCUAGUUUGCCUCAAUCGCUCCUGUUUGAAGAGGCUGACGCCGAUAAAAAUCCUGCCGAUGUCCAGCUGAUCACGUUUGAUGGUGAAUGGGCUGAGCUUAAGCUUAAGUACGUGCGUUUCCAGAAAGUGCUGCUGCUUUGUAUAUUUAUUGAUGGGGAUGAUGAAGAUACGGUCACUCUGGUGGACCAGAUUGUGAUUUUGGGGGUGCCUGGAGACCCGAUCCAGGCAUCUGUUAUCUAG